AUGCUGCGCACGCUAGAGGGACCUGUAGGUUACGAGCUCCGGUGCGGUUCCCAUGUUGACCGCCUGUUAAGCAAACUGUCUCCAUCCCAGAGAGAUGGAUUUGUGGAAUAUUGCCUCGUUCGCGGCAUCCUGCAGCCCGGUUCAGAGCUCACCUACUCCCUGCCUGACUUUGCCGCAUGGCUCCAGAUGAAGGCUCAAGCAAAGCGUCUGGCCAGUCGAGCUACCCUUCUCUAUAACUCUACCGGGCCUUCUACACCUAAGAGAGAACAGUUUCGUGCAAAGCCCAGAGAUAAGACCGCAUCAGUCUUCCUCUGUACAAGGGAGAGAGCCACCAAAGAGACCACUCGGCCGAAGCCUCAAGCCUUCAAACUCAGCCCUUAUUGCCCAUUCUGUAACAAUAAGGAGCACUAUCUCAACUCAUGUCUCGACUUCAAGAAACUGUCCCCUGCUGAGAUUAAGAAGUGGAUCCAGGAAGAGAGAACGAUUAUCCUCCCUCAAGCUGUAGAACAACUACAACUCCCACAACACCCAGAGACGCUACAUCUUAGGACCGUCCAGCAAGAGGUGAAGGAGCUGAAAGGUUCCUGCGUCAGCGUUCAUGUAUCCCCUGUCUUCAAGCCAAACCAGAAGUUUUGCAUUCGACAUGCGUUCACCGCAGAUAGUCUUAGCUUGUCUGAGCACACGUACCCAGUAGCAGCUCUCCAGAAGCGCUAUGAGCACCUCAAAGGACUUCCCUUGACGCCUAUUCACAGAGCACAACCUCUACUCCUCAUCGGCUCAGAUAUGGCCCAUCUGCUCUCACCAACACAGCCCGUCCGAUCAGGCCCAUUUGGCAGUCCCAUGGCAGUCUGUACAAGGCUCGGUUGGUCCUUGCAAGGUCCGUCGGACAUCAUUCCAGUUGCUUCUCACCAGCCUUACUGUUUUCACAUCGCCACUGAAUCACCAUAUACAGAACUUAUCAGGAAUGUGGAACGCCUUUGGCAUAUCGAUACAGUUCCUUAUAUCAGUGAGAAGACUGCAACCCGUUCUAAGCAAGACCAGCGGGCUCUCACCCUCCUACAGACAGCCUCUGAACGCGUAUCUAUUGACGGUACUCAGCGCUAUGCUACUCCACUGUUGAGGCGUCAGCCAGUCAUCCCACUUUGUGCUUCGCCGGCUGCUGUGAUGCCCAACCUACGUUGCACUGAACGGCGGCUAGCCAAGGACACAGUUCGAGCGGCUUCAUACUGUACGGAGAUGGACAAACUACUUCAGGCCGGCUACGUUUCAGAGAUCUCUACGGAAGAGGCCGCAACUUUCACCGAAUCGUGCGGAGAUAUCAAGUCAAUGUUCCAUCAGAUCCGCUUGAUGCCAAAAGACAAACCUCUCCUACGUUUCCUGUGGCGGGACAUGCAAAGAACGUCUGAACCACGGAUAUACCAAUGGGAGGUGUUACCAUUUGGAACAACGUGUAGCCCCUGUUGCGCCGUCUUCGCCCUGCAGCAGCACGUCAGAGACCACGAACCUCCAGAUCCCCCCCUCACGCAUGUGAUCGAGCAGUCCUUCUAUGUCGACAAUUGCCUCCACAGUGUAAGUAAACCAGAAGAUGCCAAGGCUUUGGUCGAUGACUUGCGAGCACUUCUGAGAAAGGGAGGUUUUGAGAUCAGACAAUGGGCCAGUAAUGUGCCUGAAGUUGUCGCACACCUACCCCCUGAAGCACAAUCGACUAGCAGUGAGCUAUGGCUGUCCAAGGCCAGUGACAACCUUCAAGAGCCCACACUUGGACUGUGCCGGGAUUGUUUGAGCGACACGUUGAGUUAUAAGCAUCGCUCUAACGAGCCUCUAGCUGCCACUCUACGUAACGUCUACAGCGUCCUUGCCAAGCUUUACGACCCAUUGGGCUACAUUGUGCCAUUUACCACAAGAUGUAAAGUGCUUGUCCAGGACAUGUGGAAGGCUAACAUUGGCUGGGAUGACAAGAUUCAACCAUCUGAACUUCUCGGAAAAUGGUUGAGUUGGGUGCAGGAAAUUCCUACUCUGCAGCAACUCAAGUUAUCUCGUCCCUAUUCACCAGCCAGUGGAAAUACCGUCAAUGCAGCCCGUCAUAUUCACAUCUUCUGUGAUGCUUCAGAGCGCGCCUACGGAUCAGUAGCUUACAUGCAAAUAACGGAUGACAGACAACAAGUCUUCGUUUCCUUUGUGUUUGCCAGAUCGAGAGUUGCGCCGCGUAAGCAGCUGUCCAUCCCGCGUCUCGAGCUCAGCGCCGCACUUACAGGGGCACAGCUGGCAAAAGUGAUCGAGACUGAGCUCACAGUAACGCCUGAGCACAUCACUCUUUGGUCUGACUCCACAACAGUGCUGUACUGGAUUAAAUCAGAAUCCUGCCGCUACAAAGUAUUUGUUGGAACACGUGUAGCAGAAAUCCAGAAUCUUACCAGUCCAUCUCAAUGGCGGUAUGUUGGUAGUCUACACAAUCCCGCAGAUGACAUAACCCGAGGACUCACCUUGAAAGAGAUGGUGCAGGAUCACCGCUGGAACAAAGGUCCACAUUUCCUCCUUUUGCCAGAGAGAGAGUGGCCCAUCAUGCCCUCAUCUGAGGCAGAACCAGACACUACCGAGUUAAGGAAGUCAGCCUUCGUGGGAGCAGUCUCCAGCGCCUUGCCCACACAACAUCCUGACCUGAGUAAGUUCUCCACUUGGCAAGAGCUUCUUCAGGAAACCGCUAGCUCCCUUCAUGGGGCGGCCAACACUAACACCACAGCAAAGUGUUCAGCAACAGAUUUCCUUCAAGCAGAGAAGCUUAUGACUUAG